AUGGCUGGACAGUCCGAGUGCAUGCCAUUCAAGAUUGGCAGUGAAAUAAUUUUUACCUUCGCAGAAACUGCAGUAACUUUAACUGGCUGUAAAUGUCAAUGUCAAGCAUUAACUCUUACACAGCGCGAUGCUGUUAAGUUUGGAAUCGGACAGGACUAUCGGUUAUGCCCCUCGAAUGCUUAUCUUCAUUACAAUAAGACGCAAAGAAAUAGACGGGCGGAAUCUAUAAAACUAGACCUUCAAAAAUGGAUGACUUCAAGACGGCAACCACCAUCAAAGUCUGAGGAAAACCUCGCUCUCAAUAAAUAUUUAAUCUAUCACCGGGAUUUAAAUACUUCUUUAAACACCUCAGGAAGGAAAACUAACCGAAAAUCGAAUUGCCCACUAUUUAAUGAUCAUAUCAAACUAUCGCGAAGAUCUCCGAUGCCAAAUAUUAGUAACUUAGAGAAAGAACGAUUGACAGCGGCAGCAUCGAAUUUGAUUAUCGCUCUAGAAAAUAUAACAUUAGGAUAUAAAGCUAAAGGCCCAACCUUAUCUGGACAUAAUGAAAAACAUUAUAUAGAGUAUAAGGUACACAUCUAUAAAAUCGAUUCUUUUGAUCCCAUUGGAACUGUAAAGGCUCUUGCAAUUGGGCUAAGUGAAGAUUCUGAACUAAAAGAUUGCUACAUAGACAGAGUUAUCGUAAAAUCAUUAAAUGAAAACGCACCAGGGAUCACAUUUAACUGCCAGAGUUACUUAAAGCGUACUAGCAAUGGCAUAGGAUUGAAGUUAUUCCGAAUCACCGAAAGUGAAAAAAGCGGUGAUACCACUAAUUCUCCAAGCGUAGUACGCAGUUACAGCAGUGACCAAUCCUCAAAGAUCUCUGACGAUUCAAGGAGGACUUCCUUACAUGGCACAGAUACCGGCAGCGAUAUAGAUGACACAGAUCAGUUUCCUGAUAUGAGAGAUUACGCAUACGACACCGAAACAAAAAAUGAAUAUCGCAAAUCAGAGGAACAUUCUGAAUAUCGAGGCAUGCGAUUAAAUGAAAAUUCGGCAUUGGAAGUUCCCACCAUAGGAGAUACUGAAUUAUCAGAUGAUCAGGUACUGCCUUCUGUGGGGGAGAGAAACGGAUUCGAAAACGAUAACGGUAGUGUAAACCUGGGCGUUGAUGCAGACGCAGAGGGAUGGAUCCCUUUACACCUAGCUGUAAAGUAUGGGCAAACUAAUUGCGUUAAAUGGUUAGCCGUAAAUGGUGCUGAUAUAACGCAAGAGAAUUCUACCGGUUUUACAUGCAUCCAUUUAGCUGUAAUUUAUGGUCAUGUUCAUAUUCUUCAGAUCGAUUCUGAUAGUAAUCAGAAUGCUGAUAGGAGUGUUAUGGCACAGUUAAGCGAUAUUAAGGUGUAUAGAUAUACCAAUUGA